AGAAGCACACACACCGUGACCAUCUCCAGUCUGUCUGAAGCUGCGGGCCUGUCUGCCUCUGCCAUGUCUCUCUCCCCAUGCCGGGCCCAGAGGGGCUUCAGCACCCGCUCAGCAUGCUCUGCCCUCUUGGGGGCACGGGGCAGGGCUGUCGUCAGCAGCAGGAGCCUCAGCUCCUCCGAGAGACGCAGAGGAAGCUCUUGUGAGCGAGCCUGGGGGGCACAGGCCAGGCAGGGGAUAUGGUUCGGGCAGGGGAAUGGAAGGCCUGGGCUUUCCCAGUGCCCUCCAGGGGGCAUCCAGGCCGUGACCGUCAACCAGAGCCUGCUGACCCCCCUGAAGAUCGAGGUUGACCCCCAGAUCCAGGUGGUGAAGACACAGGAGACUCAAGAGAUCAGAACCCUCAACAACCAGUUUGCCUCCUUCAUUGACAAGGUGCGCUUCCUGGAGCAGCAGAACAAGGUCCUGGAGACCAAGUGGGCGCUGCUGCAGCAGCUGCAGGGCAAGCACAGUCCUCAGGGCCUGGAGUGCAUCUUCGAAGCCUGCCUGGCCCGGCUCAGGCAGCAGCUGGAGGAGGUGCAGAGGGAGCGGCGGGCUCUGGACUCCGAGCUGAAGACCUGUCGGGACCAGGAGGCUGAGUACAAGUCCAAGUAUGACCAGGAAGCUCACAAGCAUGCCUCGGUGCAGAAUGACUUUGUGGUCCUUAAGAAGGAUGUGGAUGAGGUUUUCCUGAGCAAGAUGGAUCUGGAGGGCAAGCUGGAGUCUCUGAGAGAACACGUCUGCUUCUUGACACGCCUGUACAGAGAAGAACUGGGGCAGCUACAGGCCCGGGCAGAUGACAUGUCCGUGGUGCUGUCUGUGGAUAAUAACUGCUGCCUGGACUUCAGCGACAUCAUCGCCGAGGUCCGAGCCUGCUAUGAGGAGAUCACCCGGAACAGCAAGGCCGAGGCUGAGGCCGUGUUCCAGACCAAGUACCAGGAACUCCAGGCCUCAGCCCAGGUUCACGGGGACAGCAUGAAGGAAGCGCAGGCGCAGAUCGCCCAGCUCCGGCAGGCCAUACAGAGGUUGCAGGGUCAGACGGCCAGCCUCAAGAAGCAGAACGACGGUCUGCAGUCGGCCAUCGCUGAUGCCGAGCAGCACGGGGAGAUGGCUCUGAGGGAUGCUCAGGCCAAGCUGGAUGAGCUGGAGGCCGCCCUGAGAGCAGCCAAGCAGGACAUGGCGCAGAUGCUGCGGGAGUACCAGGAGCUGAUGGGCACAAAGCUGUCCCUGGACGUGGAGAUCGCCACCUACCGCAGGCUGCUGGAGAGCGAGGAGUGCAGGGCAUCUAAGGAGCACAUCAGCCAGGUCACUAUCUCCACAGCAGGAGGCAGUGUUGUUAUGCCUGGAGGAGUUGGUGGAGGCCAGUUGAUCAUACCCGGAAGAAUUGGUGGAGGCCAAAUGGUCACUUCUGGAGGAAUUUGUAGAGGCCAAAUAAUUGUCCCUGGAAGAGUUGGUGGAGGUCAAAUGGUUGUGCCUGGAAGAAUUGGUGGAGGCCAAGUGGUCAUUCCUGGAAGAAUUAGUGAAGGCCAAGUAGUUGUGCCUGGAAGAAUUGGUACAGGCCAAGUGGUCAAUACUGGAGGAGUUGAUGGAGGCCAAGUGGUCAUUCCUGGAAGAGUUGAUGGAGGUCAAAUGGUUGUGCCUGGAAGAAUUGGUACAGGCCAAGUGGUCAACACUAGACAAGAUUAUGGAGGCCAAGUGGUCAUUCCUGGAAGAAUUGAUGGAGGUCAAAUGGUUGUGCCUAGAAGAAUUAGUGAAGGCCAAAUGGUUGUGCCUGGAAGAAUUAGUGAAGGCCAAAUGGUUGUGCCUGGAAGAAUUAGUGAAGGCCAAAUGGUUGUGCCUGGAAAAGUUGGUACAGGCCAACUGGUCAAUACCAGAGAAGAUUAUGGAGAUCAAGUGGUCAAUACCAGAGAAGACUAUGGAGGCCAAGUGGUCAAUACCAGAGAAGACUAUGGAGGCCAAGUGGUCAAUACUAGAGAAGACUAUGGAGGCCAAGUGGUCAAUACUAGAGAAGACUAUGGCGGUCAAGUGGUCAAUACCAGAGAAGACUAUGGAGGUCAAGUGGUCAAUACUAGAGAAGACUAUGGAGGCCAAGUGGUCAAUACUAGAGAAGACUAUGGCGGUCAAGUGGUCAAUACCAGAGAAGACUAUGGAGGCCAAGUGGUCAUUCCUGGAAGAGAUUGUAGAGGCCAAACGGUCGAGCCUAGAAGGGAUUGUGCAGGCCAAAUGGUCAUGCCUGGAAGAGAUUGUGCAGGCCAAAUGGUUGAGCCUGGAAGAGAUUGUGCAGGCCAAAUGGUCAUGCCUGGAAGAGAUUGUGCAGGCCAAAUGGUCAUGCCUGGAAGAGAUUGUGCAGGCCAAAUGGUUGAGCCUGGAAGAGAUUGUGCAGGCCAAAUGGUCAUGCCUGGAAGAGAUUGUGCAGGACAAAUGGUCAUGCCUGGAAGAGAUUGUGCAGGCCAAAUGGUCAUGCCUGGAAGAAAUUGUGCAGGCCAAGUGGUUAUGCCUGAAGGAGCUGGUGAUGGCGAAGGAGGCACUUGUGGACUCAGGGGCUGGGGAGGCAGCUUUGGGUCUGGAGGCUGCUCUAGCAUCGUAACUGGUGGCUUUGACAUCCCCCAGGGAUCUGGGUACAGCCCCAGCAUGAGUUUCUGCUCAGUGUCUGGCUGUGGCCUCAAUUCUGGCUCUGGCCUCAGUUCUGGCUCUGGCUUCAGUUCUGGCUCUGGCUCCAGCUGCCGUACCAUCUUGAAGAAGACAGUGGAGUCAAGUCGGAAGACAUCUGUCAUUUGUUGAGUGAUCAGGCAGUCACAUCCCUCGUCAGCCCAGCAGCCCUGCUCCCCUUCUAUCCCCCGUCCCCCAUGUCCACAGCCCAAAGCUGGGCCCUGGAGAAAGUCAAUAAAGCCUGG